UAAAAAAGAUGGCGGAGUGUUUUUGCCCAUUCGUGUAUUGGGGACAGAAAUCAGAUAGUAUUUCAUUAAAAGUCGAUUUGAAAGAUGUCACGGUUGAAAGUCUCGAUGUCACUGAAGACUCUAUAAAGGGUGAAUUCACAGGCGUUGGAGCACAGGGAAAUAAAAGAUACAAAUUUGAGCUGGACUUCUAUCUUCCAGUUGAUAAAGAGAGCUGCCGUGUGCGGACUACGCAGAGGAGUGUUGAAGUUAGCAUCCGAAAAGUUGGUGAAGAAGCCUGGCCCCGCUUGACUGCCUCUCAGAGCAAACUUCCCUGGCUGAAGAUUGACUUUGACAAGUUCUUGUUUGAUGAUGACAUUGACAGCGAAGAUGAACGGGACAAAAUGGCUGCAGAUGAGGUGAUGAAGAACAUUGAAAAACAGCUAGGACUCGAAACAGGCGGAGGAGACCUGGACUUCAAGGGCACAUAUCUGUUCACGUACAACCUGCUGCAGUUUAUUGGCUUUCUCUACAUCACCACCGUGCUCUCCUAUAACCUCAUCAAACAUGGCAGUGGCAUUAAAGAACAAGCAUUUGACCUGGUUGGGUCCCAGAUGAUUUUCUGUCAGAGUGUGGCUGUACUGGAAAUCAUACAUCCCUUGUUUGGCCUAGUUAAGACAGGGGCACUGGCCCCUUUCAUGCAGGUUGGUGGUCGUGGCUUUAUCCUGUUCAUGUUGAUUGUUCAGGACGUUCGUCUACAGGUGGCUCCUGUUGUCUGGUACUUGUUUAUGACCUGGGCAACUGUGGAACUUGUCAGGUACCCGUUCUACAUGUUAUCCAGCAUUGGUAAAGAGGUGUUGGUCAUCUCGUGGGUACGAUACACAGCCUGGAUUCCCCUGUAUCCGCUUGGCAUCUUGUUUGAAGCAACUGUGGUGAUAAUGUCCAUCCCGUUGUUUGAAGAGUCCGGUGUUUUCAGCAUGCAGCUACCAAAUUCAGCAAAUCUUGCAUUCUAUUUUCCAUGGUUUCUACAUCUAUAUCUUCUUAUCCUAGCUAUAGGAGGUUUUCAGAUGAUGCGUCACAUGUAUGUUUUACGUAAAAAGAAGCUGGGUGCCAGUAUUGCAAGUAAGAAGAGUCAAUAGUGGGAACCGGUCACCAGCACACAAAUACACUGUGAUCUACACACGGCAGCGCUCCUCAUGUGAAAUUUGAAGAAUGUCUAAGUCACUCUCAUGAAAGCAAAUCAUGAAGACGUUCAAAAGAAUAGCAUUAUUUAUUUCAAUGGUGACAUAAAUGGUAACAAUUUCUGAUUGUGUAAAGUUAACUAGUUGCAUAUUGUUCUGUAAAUUAUGAUAAUGACACAAAACACAAUUUUAUUAGCAUUUGUGGUUUGAAAAAAAAAGUUGAGAUGCAUUGUCAUUAAGCUUGUUGUUGGUAUGAAAGCAUUUAUGAAAAAUGGCUAUAAAAAUGUUUAUAUGAGAUUUAGUAAAGUGACUACCAAUUAAGGAAUUUAAACGUAAAAUUCAAACAGUUAUGGCAACUACACAUUUAAAAUUUAAAAAACUAACACUUUCUAAAAUGUUGAUUUAUAUUUUACGGGACCUUCUGACACAAUACAAACAAUAACAAGAUAAAUAUUUUAAAUGUUUAUUGUUAUGCAAUGAAUUGCGCUCCGAACAUAUCCGAAGAUGUUGCGUUCAUCGAUUGAUGAACGUAAUUGCCGAAAUGACGUUCAUUUAAGGAAUGGAAGUUGAGGUGUAGAUAUUGACAAUUGAACUGCACAACAAGCAAAAAUAGGUAUUAUUUGUUAACUUUUGCCCGGACAGUUUUGGGAUACUUUUAAAAUAUGUUUUCCAAGGAAAAAACAACAACUUUAUAUCAUGGCCUUGGAAACAGUGUGACCCUCCAUUCUGCUAUCAAUCACGUUUGUUUGCUUAUGUCAUAUUGGCUGUAACUGCUUAUUGCAGUCCAAUUGCUCAUUACCCGCCUCUAACUAUUAACUUAUUACAAGAAUGCACAUUUACUACUGGUUGAUGUGCAGAUUUCAAUUUAAAUUUUGUUACCUAAAAAUAGACUUUGAAUUUUGUUUUUCAGUAUGAUACAUAGAGUUAGGGACUUUGUUACUUUCUGUGUCGCCUGAAAAGACGACAUAUAGGGGUUACUUUUGUCGGCGGCGGCAGCGUCCCAUUUUCGCUUGUCCGGGGUAUAUCUCCUAAACUAUUAGUGGUAUCAACUUGAAAUUUCAUAUGCAGAUAGAUCUAAUUGAGGGAAAGUGCAGUGCACAAAAACCGUAACUCUUGCAUCUAUAUGUUUAGAGUUAUUGCCCUUUGUUAAUUUUCAUGCUUAAGUUUUGUCUGGGGCAUAUCUUGUAGAAUAUAAGAGUUAUCAACUUGAAACUUCAUAUGUAGAUAGAUCUCAUGGAGGGCAAGUGCAGUGCACAAUAACAGUAACUCUUGCUUUCUUAGUUUUAAAGUUAUUGCCCUUUGUUAAUUUUCAUGCUUAAAGUUUUGUCCGGGGCAUAUCUUGAAGAAUAUUAGAGGUAUCAACUUGAAACUUCAUAGCUAGAUAGAUCUCAUUGAGGGCAAGUGCAAUGCACAAUAACAGUAACUCUUGCUGCCAUAUUUUUAGAGUUAUUGCCCUUUGUUAAUUUUCAUGCUUAGGUUUUGUCCGUGGCAUAUCUUGUAAACUAUAGAAGGUAUCAACCUGAAACUUAUUCCGUAGGUAUAUCUGAUUGAGGGAAAGUGCAGUGCACAAAAACCGUAACUCUUGCAUCUAUAUGUUUAGAGUUAUUGCCCUUUGUUAAUUUUCAAGCUUAAAUUUUGUCCGGGGCAUUUCUCGACUAAAAGAGUUAUCAACUUGAAACUUUAUAGAUAGAUAGAUCUUAUUGAAGGGGAUCGCAGUUGACUUCAGUAUUUAUUGUGCUCAUUUUUGCUUAUAAAACCAAUUGCUUGCUCCUGGCUUAACGUUGUUACCUUCAGUUCAAAUGCCACCUACACUUGAAAGUUAAAUGGCAACAUCAUUGUCUAUAAAUGAAUAAAAUGCCAAUCUAACAGCUAUAAUGUUGACAGUAAAUAAUUCGUCAGGCGACACAUCCGACUCGCGGAGUUCUAGUAAGGAAUUAAAUUAUACAUGUUGGAAAUUUGAUUUUACAUUAUGGAAAAUUAUUAUAUGUGAAAUGGUUGUCUGUACUUUGUAUGUGAAUAAAAUUACAAUGUUUGCAAAAUGUCAUGUACAUGAAUUUAUCAUAUAAUAGUUAUAGUGAGUUUAUUAGGGGUUCUGUUGUUGUUGUUGUUUUAAACACUGAGUUAUUGUGAUUGCCUUGGUGUCAAGAACUUUGACCAUACUGAUAGAUGUAACUAAAAUGUUAUAAACUAUGCUUCAUUAAUUGAUCACAUUCUUGAUGUUAAUUAUGAUGAAAAGUAUAGAAAAUGUGUAUAACAUACAAUGGUGCACUUUUAUAUUCACUCCUUGUAAAUUCAGCUACUUGGUCAUAGCUUUGAAUAAUUUUGGCCAUUAAUUAUAACUAUGAGAUAUUAAUAUGAAACUUGGUUCUGUGUUUACAACAGGAAUAAGAAGUACAUCUCUUGCAAACGUAUCUCUUUGACCAUGCCCCUUGACCAAUUAAAGAGGCACUCUUACUUCCAAAUAAGAUUUACAACAAUUGAUACAAUUGUUUUAAUAUACCAAAAAGGAUAAAUAAAUGUCAAAAUCAAUGUUUUUUAUGAAGGAUACUGUACUGACUUUAACUUAAAAGAAAUGUGCAAAAAACACGGUAUUUCUACUUUAUGAGACAUUGAAGAUAGCAGUAAAUAUUUUAGCACUCACUAAUCAUUUAAUAUUUAUGCAUGUUCAGCUAUUAAAUACUUGGUUAUAAUCUUGUUAACAGUAAUUAAUAUUUUUUCCAUAAAUGCAUAACUUGUAAUUAGGAGUUAAAGGUCUUUCACUCAAAAUUUGUUUUUUUUAUACACAUUCAUUGUAUUGAUUUUGAAUAAGAGUGUCACUUUAAGAAAACAAGACAGGUGAUGUCAUCUUUUUCAUGGCUCUUGUUCUGUUUAAUCAGCCUGGUAUAAGUCUGGAGUGUCUGGAGAUUUACAGAUUUGUUUGUUAUGUUCCUCUUUUCCAUGUUUUGUGCAAUAAAUACAACUUUUAAA